AUGGGACGCCCCCCGCCCAAUGCCGUCUUGACCUGGAUGUUCCUGCUGUUGGGCCUCUGGGCAGGGUGCUCCAAGGCACAGGGGUCCAAGGUGCUGCAAGGUGAAGAGUGUGAGCCCAAUUCACAACCUUGGCAGGUGGGCUUGUUCCAGGGCAUCCGACUGCUCUGCGGGGGUGUUCUCAUAGGUGACAACUGGGUCAUCACAGCUGCCCACUGUAAAAAAUCGAAGUACACAGUUCGCCUGGGAGACCACAGCCUGCAGAAAAAAGAUGCGCAGGAACAAGAAAUGGCUGUGGCUCAGUCCAUCCCUCACCCCUGCUACAACAGCAGCAGUGAGAACCAUAGCCAUGAUCUGAUGCUCAUUCGACUACGGGGUCGGGCGUCCCUGGGAUCCAAAGUGAAGCCUAUCAAACUGGCGGCUCACUGCGCCCAGGCUGGCCAGCAGUGCACCAUCUCAGGCUGGGGCACUGUCAGUAGCCCCCGAGAGAAUUUUCCUGACACCCUCAACUGUGCACAAGUAAAAAUCGUUGCCCAGAAGGAGUGUGAGAAUGCCUACCCUGGAAAGGUCACAAAAGGGAUGGUCUGUGCAAUUGGCAGUGAUGGAGCCGACACGUGUCAGGGCGAUUCUGGGGGCCCCCUAGUGUGUAAUGGCGUUCUCCAAGGCAUCACAUCCUGGGGCUCAGACCCCUGUGGGCAGCCGAAGAAACCUGGUGUCUAUACCAACCUCUGCCGCUACCAGGACUGGAUCAAGAAAACUACAAACAGGGGGCGCUGGAGGCGGGUGCGGGCACCAGCACGGUAUAAGAGAGCCGCCCUGAAGAAGCCAGAGACGCUUGGCUCCCGACCUAGUCUGGAGCCCAGAUCAGACCCUCCAAAGAGCCAACAGAAUAGCAACCCCUUCUGUUCUGGAAACGGCUGA